AUGAAGCGCGGUGGAAUCAGAAGGAGGCGAUUGUUCGGGAGGACGAUUCUAUGUACCUCUGUGAUUUUUUUUGUCGGUUUUGGUUUGUUGUUGCUCACGCUCCGCUCUCUGGAUCCUAAUUCGCCCUUCAUCGAUGAGGACGACGACGAUGCUGUUUCUGAAUCAGCUUCUGAUGAGGAGACUGCAAUAUGGAGCAAUUCGUCGAUCGGAGAUGCUAGUGUCGACGGACGUAGGCUCUGCGCGACUGUAGAGGAGAUGGGAAGCGAGUUCGAUGGAGGCUUCGUGGAUCAAAGCCUCAGAGUUCGAGAUGUCAUCCGACGCCAUUUUCACGUCAAUGGCGCUUCAGCGAUUCGUGAGCUACCUCCGGAGCAAUUUUGCCGACAUGGUUUUGUACUUGGAAAGACAGCAGAAGCUGGUUUCGGGAAUGAAAUGUACAAGAUCUUGACGUCAGCAGCAUUGAGCAUAAUCUUGAACAGAUCCUUGAUCAUUGGCCAGACCAGGGGAAAAUAUCCAUUUGGUGAUUACAUAGCUUACAACAAUGCUACAUUUACACUGACUGAAGUGAAGCGUCUGUGGCGACAAAACGGCUGCGUGAAGAAACACGGAAAGCGGCUUGUAAUGAGAUUGGACGAUUUUGAGAAGCCAACCAAGACUAACGUCUUAUGCAGCAAUUGGAAGAAAUGGGAACAGCCUAUUAUAUGGUUUCAAGGCACAACAGAUGCAGUGGCAGCUCAGUUUUUCCUCAAGAACGUGCAUCCAGAGAUGAGAGCUGCUGCGUCUGAGCUGUUCGGAGAGCAAGGAGCCUCGUCGCCACGAGCGAAUGUGUUUGGAGAGUUGAUGAUGAGUCUCAUAUCUCCCACCAAAGAUGUGAAAGACGCAGUCGACUGGGCUCUACAAAAGACCGGAGAGCCUGAUAUUUCCUUACACAUGCGAAUGUUGACGAGCAAAUCUGUUAGACCUCUGCAUGCAGCGAUUAACUGCCUAGAGAAAGCGAUUACCAGACUUGGCAUAGAGCAACCGAGAGUGGUUAUAGUGUCUGACACUCCAUCUGUCGUGAAAGCUUUGGAACGAAACAUCAGCGCAGUGGCUGAGGUUCUACAUUUUAACUAUAAGCUUUACCGAGGGAAAAUCGCGCAACGCCGCGGGUUACCAAUGCUAGAUUUCAGAAUCAAAGAUUGGGGUCCUGCACCGAGAUGGGUUGCAUUUGUGGAUUUCUUCCUCGCUUGCCGCGCAAAACAGGCUGUGAUCUCCGGCGCUAACAGGCGAGUCGGGACUACUUAUGCGCAGCUGGUUGCUGCUUUAGCCGCUGCAAACAGUCUUAAGGAUGGUUCGAGCAACUCGAGCUUUGCGUUCCUGAGUAGUUUCCAGAGCACUCUGUUGGCAGACGGUCUGAAGAACCAGGUGGGUUGGGGACAUGUCUGGAACCGGUACGCUGGUCCGUUGAGCUGUCCUAACCAGCUAAACCAAUGUGCCUUCACGCCGCUUGCACCUCCCGGUUGGUGGGACGGUUUGUGGCAAUCGCCAAUCCCACGGGACACUCGUAGGCUUGCGGCUUACGGUAUUGAGCUUUCCGGGUUUGGUACGGUUAACGAAGACCGGUUUCACGCCUUUUGUAGCACCAAGAAAGAGUACUUAAACACUGUAACAAUCAUUUAG